AAAACGUUUCAAUCGUAGAAUCUCUACCCAUUCACCCACGUCAACCCCAUGAUCUCAUCCCCUCUCCCGUCAUCACAUAUCUCAGCUGUGAAGCCAUCCCCUUCUUCAAUUACCUUCAUACCCCAUUUGACCCCUUCUACUCCAAUACCUCCAAAUCCAGCCGUCGUUUUGGUACCCCUAUGCCCAUUUUCGUCAUUUCACGAUUCCAAUUCAAAACACACCCACUAUAUAAAUAUAAAUACUCUUCUAAGCAUUUCUUCUCAAAAAAAGAAAAAUAAUAAUACUCUUUUCAACAUCCCAGAAAAGCCAUCGAGAAAAUACAAACUCAUAAUUAAUAAUGGAUCAUCAGAGUUGUCCUCAAACGACUGAUGACAGAGAUGUAAUGGAGACUAUUAAGAAGAAGAAGGCCAAGACAGUGUCUUGUGAUGACCAUAAUGAUUGUCAGCGAGAUGAGCAAGAAGAAGUUGAUUGCGAAAACGAUAAUGAUAAUGACGAUGAUGAAGGUAAAAUUGAUAAGUUUUUUGAGUUGAUUACGAGUUUUAAAGAAGCUCGAAAUCGGUUGAGAAAAGGUGUAAAUGUUAUGAGUAAUAAUGAUGAUAAUAGUAAUCAAGAAAUCAAGAUGAAUGAGAGGAAUACGAUUGCGCAGACGAAGAAGAGGAAGCAGUUUUAUGAUGAUAACGACAUUAAUAGUGGCAAAACCAGUUGGAUACCUUCGUUUGUGAGAGAAGAUUUCAUUUCUGGACUCGAAUUUCGAGGAAUUCCUUCAGUUUUUUCAACGCCCAAUAACAACACUAGUAAUAUUCCUAACGAUCAAUCUCAUCCUCGUCGCAAAUCUCAAUUCAUCAAUGGUUUGAACCUUAAUCUUUCCCUGUAGCUUAAGAUUAAGACUCUGUAUCGUGUAACUUUUAGUUUCAAUUAAGUAUGUAAGCUUAAAGGUAAAAUCUGCAAUUUCAGUCAGUUUCUUGAAUAUUAUAUAUAUAUAUAAUUAGCUCGACAUUGAAUUAUAAUGAAGAAGAUGGUGACAAAAAUUGUUGAAAUAUCUGCUAUGGAAGGAGUAAUAAAUGCAAUCAAUGAAUCUAUAUUAUAUAAAUUGGGAAUCGAAACGAAUGAAUUGUAUGGAAUUUCUGGUUUUCUAUGUUUUUAUAAGUUUACUAAACGGAAGUGACAAGAACGGUCCAGAAUUGGGGCCUUAGAAACUCAGCUUAGAAAUUAUAUUUAUAACUCGGCCAGCACAGAACAGAAGAUUGCUUUUUUUGUUUUCUAUAGCAGAAGAUUGCUUAGAUUGCAGGUGAAUCGAAUUGCAGACAACACAAGAAUAAUGACAAUUAAUCAAUUAAUGCAUAUUUAUUGGGAAAUUUAAAUAUCUAUACAUUUAUGGGAUUUUUUCUAUAAUAAACAGCAAUUUACAUUUAUAACCUAAAAAGGAAAAAUCAACAUAAAUAGAAAACAAAACUUUCUAUUUACAAAAAUACCGGCCAACCACAAAAAAUGGAGGAGAGACCUCCUUCUUCGUGACCCAGCCGAGAAACCCCAAACAACCAAAUCUCCACCAUUUUUUUUCAAAAACCAAGGAAAUCAGAUCUGAACAAGAUGUAGAUCUCAACGAAAAACCAAUAAAAAUCCAAAAAAUCCAUAUAGGAAAAAAAAAAUAAAAAGGUAUUCAACCUCCAUUGCUGUACAAAAAAUGCAAAAACGACCUACAAUCAAAAACCCAACGAGUUCAGAAGAGAGGAAUCGAAGAGAAGGACAUUGAGAAAUCAUUGAAACUCACCCAUAAUCGAAUCAAAGAAAGAAUUGAAGUUGUUUAAUAGUGAUUUCACAGAUAAAAAUAUGAUGAUGGCAGUAUAUGACAACAACUCAGCACAGGAAGAUUUGCAGCAACCUGGAAACAACCCAGGAACAACUUCCAAGCAACAACUAUUUGCACACACAAUUCAAGAUGAUGCAUUUUUUCUAGAGACAGGGACUGUGACAUCAGAGACAACCAUCCAACAACCAAAAAACAACACAAAAAAAAACUACAGGAGUAAAUGAAUAUUUCGACUUCACCGACUACGCAAAGCUUGUGGCUGCAGAAAUGGUACAACAGCUUGAAAACAACCAGGAAGAAGAAAAAGAAGUCGACAACACAAAAUUGAUUAUCAUCACUGACAAAUGACAUGAAACAAUAGAAAAGGGAAAAGUAGAAAUGUACUAUAAAAAAACACAAAAAAGACACCUUAGAAGGAUUUUUUUUGGG